GUCUUGGAGGGAAGGUUGGGUAGCCUAGGUGUGUGUGUGUGUAUGUUUGUGUCGUGGUUGUGAGUAUGUUAGCUUCCGGGUGUGUGUAGCGUGUGUUUUGCAAGGAGAGUGUUAGGAGUGUGUGUGUGUGUGUGUAGUGUACCAUAAUGAGUGCAGCAGGAGUGGAGCGACAGAGGCCGACCCUAGCACAGACCCCUGAGGGCAGUGUUGUGCAGAGUUAUAGCUUCGACUCGUACCAGCUGGAGGAAGAGGAGGGGAUCAAGAGCGUGCCGGAGAGAGGGGUGCUGGCCCUGGCAGAACCAGCCUUUGAGGAGCCAGUCCCUGAUGACCGUUACCAUGGUAUCUACUUUGCAAUGCUAUUGGCCGGCGUGGGCUUCCUGCUUCCCUACAAUAGCUUCAUCACCGACGUGGACUACCUUCACCACAAGUUCCAGGGAUCCUCCAUAGUAUUUGAUAUGAGUCUGGUGUAUAUCGUGGUGGCUCUGGUCGCUGUCAUACUAACCAACAUCCUGGUGGAGAGAAUCAGUCUACACACACGAAUCACCGUGGGUUACCUGUUUGCUCUGUGUCCGCUGGUGUUCGUCAGCGUGUUUGAUGUGUGGUUGGAAUCCUUCACCACCAGACAGGCUUACAUCGUCAACCUCUUCUCUGUUGGGGUGGUCGCCUUCGGAUGUACAGUGCAGCAGUCCAGUUUCUAUGGUUACAUGGGGAUGCUGCCCAAGAGAUACACACAGGGGGUGAUGACUGGAGAAAGUACAGCAGGUGUAAUAAUCUCUCUGAGUCGUAUCCUCACUAAGCUCCUGAUCAGUAAUGAGAGGAUAAACACACUCAUCUUCUUCCUGGUGUCCAUCGCCAUGGAGAUGCUCUGCUUCCUUCUCCACCUCAUUGUCCGUCGCUCACGAUUCGUCCUCUACUACACAGGCCCCACCCACCGGGGUCACGGCCAGGGGAUAGGUCAUGACAUCGGGUCGGAGGUCAGCGGGACGGGAUACAGGGUUCACCACGACGUCACUACAGAGGAAGUAAGAUUUGGUAACGGAGUGGUGGCGACGACGUCGCCAUCUGAUGACGUCACAGAUGAGUUCACAGGAGGGACGUACGUUCGAUUUGGAAUUCCUAAAGACAAGAUCCGGAGAAGCUGGCCUGGACUACGAGAUAUGUUUCUUCACAGGUACAUCGUUGCCAGGGUGAUCUGGGCCUACAUGUUGUCUAUAGCAGUGACCUAUAGCAUCACUCUGUGUCUGUUUCCUGGUCUGGAAUCAGAGAUACGCAACCCGACCCUGGGGGAGUGGCUACCUAUACUCAUCAUGGCCACAUUCAACAUGGCCGACUUCGUAGGCAAGAUCCUGGCUGCGUUGCCCUAUGAGUGGACGGGGGGUUACCUGCUCCUCUUCUCCUGCCUGCGGGUGGUCUUCAUCCCUCUGUUGGUGAUGUGUGUGUAUCCCUCCUCCACCCCAACCCUGUCCCACCCCGCCUGGCCCUGUCUCUUUUCUCUCCUCAUGGGCGUAACCAACGGUUACUUUGGAUCAGUCCCCAUGAUACAGGCUGCUGGGAAGGUACCGCCGGAACAGAGAGAAUUAGCAGGUGAGGGGUGAUGAGGUGGAGGGGUG